GCGGUGCGACAUUCCGGGCUGGCAGCUGACAGGCCUCCUUCCCUCAGCCCUCCGAGGCCCCGGCAGGCAAGCAGGCAGGCAGGAAGGGCGCGGGCCGGGGACAUGAGGCGGAGGCCUCGCCGGCCGGAGGAGAAAGGCGACGGCGGGCUUUAGCCAGAGGCCUCAGCGAGGCGCCAUGUUCCGCCGGGCCCGCUUCAGCGUGAAGCCCAACGUCAGGCCUAGCACCGCGGCGGCAGGGAGAGGCAGCAGGGGCCCAGUUCCUGCCCUGACUGUGGGCCCCGAGCCAGGCGGGGAGCAGGGCCCCGAGGCCGCCGCAGGAGACGCUUCCGGAGGCGCCCAGCAGGGAGGGAACAAAGGUGGAAGCAGAGAUGAAAAAACCAAUCAAGAUGGAGAUUGUAGUAAACGUGCAGAGGCCCUUCUCCAGAGAAGAAAACGAUUCUCAACUGUGCCCAAUCUUGCUAAACCAAGAAUUACAUCCACAUCUACUCAAGGUUCUGUCAAUCCGGCAUCAAAACAUUCUACAAAACAAUUACCUCAUUCAUCUACUCUUGGUAGCUCUGUGCUUCAUAAGGAGACUUCUUCUGAAAGGGUUAAUGUGGAAAUUUCACCAAAGUCUCCAGCUUUGCCUGAAAAGAAAACACCUGUUCCUCAAGUACCACAGUUCUCUCCUUUAAAAAAAUCUUCCAGUAAAGAACCAAAUACUUGUCCAUCUGUCCAAAGAAGUGAUGAAGCACUUCAGAAGAGUGCACUCUCGCCUCUCAAGGAGAGACCCACACAGGAAAAAUUAAUUCAAGAUGAAACUGUCCAUUCAAAAUCUGGUCCAGAAAAAGAUAAAAAUAGGUGUUCAGAACGUGAGAAAAUAAUAAAAAGUCAGACGCUGCGAAAGAUGCUCAAGGAAGAGUUGAAGAAAGAAAAGGAACAACGGAAAUAUAAAUCGACAUUAAUUGAAAAGAAUGUGCCGGAAGAUCGUUCAAAAAUGAUUAUGAGAGACUUCAUAUACUAUCUUCCAGAAAACAAUCCUAUGAAGUCUUCAUUGAUGCAAGAAAGGAGAUCAGAAAAGACUUCUACAGCAACCCAAGCAAAAGAACCUGAGGAAAAAAUAGUUGCUGAGCAUGAAGAUGAAGAUGAGGAAGAUGAAGAGACUGGAGCUGGAGAGGAAGAUGGCCCCCUUCUAGUUCCCCGAGUGAAAGUUGCAGAAGAUGGUUCAAUUAUUCUAGACGAAGAAAGUUUAACAGUAGAAGUUUUGAGGACAAAAGGACAAUGUGUGGUGGAAGAAAAUGAUCCCAUCUUUGAACGUGGUUCUACGACAACUUACUCAAGUUUUCGGAAAAGCUAUUAUACCAAGCCGUGGUCAGAAAAAGAAACAGACAUGUUCUUCUUAGCUAUAAGCAUGGUAGGAACAGACUUUUCAUUGAUCAGUCAGCUUUUUCCUCACAGAGCAAGAACAGAGAUAAAGAAUAAAUUCAAACGAGAAGAAAAAGCCAAUGGAUGGAGAAUAGAUAAAGCAUUCAAAGAGAAAAAGCCUUUUGACUUUAAUUGGUUUGCAAAACUCCUUGAGAAGGUUUUGGAAAAUGAAAGGAAGCAAAAGGAAAAAUAUGCCAAAAAUCAGCAACAAAAUGAGAAAAAAUCCAGUGAGAAAAAAGCACAGAAAAGGCUAAAAGUUAAAGUUGUCAAUGGACAAUCCAGCCAUGGUCAAGACGAUUUCCAGAUUUCUGAAACAGAAAUGGAGGUGGAUGCUGAGACAGCUGAAAAGGAGAAUGAGGUUUCUCCUAGCAUUUUGGAACAAGCUGAGGGACAAACAAUGACUGAAUCAGUGGUGACAAAAAAGAAAAGGAAAAGGAAGAAAAAGGAUUCUGAACACGAGACAGACAAUCCUCUUGAAGAAAGAACCACCCCUGAAGAAAUGGUUGAAGGAGAAAGAUUAAGAAAAAAAAGGAAAAAUACAGCAAGCAUUGAGGUUAAUAGCAUUAAUGAAGAUGAUGAAGAACUGGAGGUCACUGAUCGAGUAACACCUGAUGAAACACUCUCCUUGGUAGAAGAAGAUCCACAGUGCUGCAUAGUAGAUGAAGCAGCAGAACAAAACUGUAUAUCCAGCAUUCAUGAUAGUACAUUCAUAGAAGUUGAAUGUAGUGAAUUAGAUGUUUUGGAAAAUAGUUCUGAGCACCAGAAUGGAUGGCCUUCAGUGACUCCAGAUACAAAUAAAAAUGGGUUUGAGGAAAUCAAUGCUGCCCAGAAUGAUACACUUGAGUCGGAUAUACUGGAUGGAAAUCAGAAUGCUGCAUCACAAAGUCUUGAUGAAGAACUAAGGAAAACAGAAAUAGCAGCCAUCAAGAAGCCGACAGUAGAAGGACAGAGAACUCCAUCAGACUUUACAGGAACAUCUGAAAAAGGAGGUCUUUCAAUUAGUAACACAUCAGAGAUGAAGUCUAGAGGUAGUUCAGUAAAGAAUGCUGUGGAAGAUAAUGUUAAUGACAUAAUUGACCCUAUCAGCGAGGAAACAAACAAUAACAUGGAGAACAAAUCUCAGAAUUGUUCGGAAAUUCAAGGUGGUCAUGCAGAAAAGACAGAAGUGAGAGGUCGUCGACAGAAACCUAAACCUAACAUACUGAAGGCAUCUGGCAGAAAAGAAGCACCAGCUCAAAGCAACCUUGAGAAACCAGAGAUGUUUGGUGCAGUAGAAAAGAAUAAUGAUCAGGAUGAUAUGCCCACUACUAGCAUUGUGGUUACUACUGAAAAAGAUCCCAGGCAUUUGGAUACUGAAUCUUUGGCUUCUAAGAAAUCCACCGUGCAAGAAAACAGCAAGCAAACUGUUUUAAAACCAGCGCCACUAGCAAGGGGUCGAAUGCAGAGGCCUAAACCAAAUUUAGGAUGUGUAGUUAGAAGGCAAGGAGGAUCAGCAAAAAACAUUGCAUCAGAAGAUGGAAAAACACCUGUAGUAGCUGGUGAAGCAGAGAAGACUCUUAAACAGCAUGAUUGUAGUGGGGCACUCUUGAAUAAGAAUAAAACUGAGGCAGUUGCAUAUGAAGCUGGCAUGCCACAAUCUGAGGUGUUACAAAACAAAAUUGUUACAAGUGCUGAGACAGAAGAUUGUAUGCCCACAAGCCCAGGAAAGAGGCCUCUGGAAUUUGAGAGUCAUGAAUUCAAAAAUACAUCUCUCUCAAGCAAGAGUUUGGAGAUUAUGGUAGAUGCUGCUGUGAGAGAUUCUAGUCUUCAGCAAGACCAGAAAGAAAUUUUUGCAGAAACUGAAAGUUCUGUGAAAAGUCACUGUCAUAAUCCAAAGCAGAGCUUGGGAAAGGCAACAGAAAAAGAGGAGGCAUCACAAGCAGGAAAAGGGCUGCUGAGGACCACACAUGACUCUGAAACUACAGAAGAAAGUUUAGAAGCAACACUCAGUGAAAUUGUGCCACUGUCAGAUUUGUUAGAGGAGUCCUCUGCAGAUGCUCCAGAGGCAGUUGCACUGAAACCCCUCCAACUGUCUCCUCCAAACCUUUCAGGCUCUAAGGGUGGUGAACCAAGCAAGGAAUCAAGGUCCUCAGAUAUCCAGAAAAGUGUUUCACUAGGAUCUUCCAGUAAACAGAACUUGCAAGGGGAAAGUAAAGACAGUGUUGUUCAACCAACGCUGCCACUCAGAAGCAGAUUCCAGAAACCCAAACCCAAUAUUGGACGGGCAGUUGCAAGGAAAGAAACACAGCCUUUUGUAACAAAUGAAGCAACAGUAACACAUACGGAAAUUGAGAAAUCUGAACAACAGAAAUGUGAUCCUACUAGAAUGUCUACUGUAGUGGCAAAGCCUCCUCAGUUUUCAACCACUGAAGCCUUAGAAAAGCGAUCUUUAGGUACUGCAAAAAUGAAUCAGGAAGACCCUCAUCAGUCCAGUACAUCCAAAAAUAUUUUAGAUCCGUUUCUCAGGAAAAAGCCCAUCCAAGAGGGUAAACCAUGUGCUAUCAAGCCUGCUCAACUGGUGAGAGGUUUGUCCCAGAAAGCCAAGCCAAGCCCUGGAAGGAUUAAGGAGAAGAAGGAAGGACAUGUAUCAGAAAACAUUGGUGCUCCAAUUGAGGGAGAAGAUGAAGUCAACCUCCAAGCUUCCCUGGAAAAAUUGAAGAAAAGGGAAAAAUCAGAAACCAGUGAAGCCUCAUUAGUAGAAAGUAUAAAUGAUCAGGAGAAAUUUUCUUCUUCUGAGAACUCACAGAGAUGUGAAGUUCUGAAAGACAAGGAAGCCUGUAUGACCAAAGAUGAUGUUGAAGAAAGGCUUCUGGAUAUUACUGUAAGGGAUAUUUCUGCUCCUCCAGAAGGAAGUCAGUCAAAAACCAUAAAACACACCCAGUUCAUGAGGGGUAGGCUUCAUAGGCCUAAGCCAAACAUUAAAGUAUCUACAAAGAGGAAAGGUGUAAAUUUAGAAGAUAUUAACGAAGAAGACCAGACUGAAAGAGAUACAGAUACUGAAGCGACACCAUUUGGAAGCAAAUCUGGAGAAAUGGCCACAUCAAUUCAUGUUUCUGGAAAUUUUGUGAAGGCUGCAACAACCUCGGAAUCCACGAGACAAAAAGAUAGUACUGAUAGCACUGAAACAAUGUAUAUGAAAAGAAGCAAGCACAAUGGAAAAUGUGACUCUUUAGAGGGGACUUCAGGGAUUGGAAGUCAAAUCAAGGAGGGAAUUUUGAAGCCCUCUUCUGUCUGUGAAAAAGCAAUUGAAAUAUUAAAAGGAAAACAGCCAAGGAGGACAGUUAAACAGAGGAAAGACACCUGUGACUCAAGGGUGCCAUCUGAAUGUGGGAAUGACCGUGGUGAGAAGGGGAAGCCUCACCAGAAGAGUAAACAAAAUGCUAGCAGAGGCAGAACCCUAAAACCAUUCAUCCAUAAGAAAACCAGAAAAGAAUCUGGGAGCUCAAAACCUAGUCUGGUGACCCUUAGGGCUUCUUCUCAGGAAGACGAAGGAGAUGAAGAUGAUGAUGACGACUCUGAAGUUGAAUGGUUUUCACCAGAUGAAGUAAACAAAGCUCCAGUGUUUGUACCUAAAGGGCUUCGGUCUCCAAAUCCAGUACCCGUUCAGAUUGAGGAAACUAUGGAAGAGGUUGAGAUAUAUGAAAAUGUUGCAGAUGAGCCAUGCCUCAUCCACGAACUGAACACAGCUGCUCAUCCUGUGAUGCAGGGAGAUAAUAAUUUGUGCCUCUCGCAAAUUGUUAUAAUACAAGAAGAACAAAACAAGGAAACAGGGAUUGCUGAUGGAAGUACAGAAGCAGCCAUGACUUUACUUGCUAUGAGAGAUCCAGCUUUCCAGCUAAACAUUGCCACCGAAGAAAAACCACAGGAGUUUCCUUGUUACAAGGAACUGAAUGUUGCCGAGAGGUUGCCAGAUGAGCAUAAUGAAGAACACAUUAUAAUCGAUUGUAAUGUGCCUUGGUGUGUGCCUUCAAAGAAUGAACCGAUUUCUUCAGAGACUGUGAACAGAGCUGCUAUUGAAGAUCCAAGCACUGAACCAUUGGAUUUGGAAGAUAAAUUACAGGAACAAACUAAUGUGUUACUUCCUGGAUCUUCAAAAUAUGAACCAGUUUCUUCACUUAGUAGAAGGCUUCCCACUGUAUCAGGUUUGGAAGAUUGUUCACAGGGGACAACUAGGGCCAGCAGUGUUUCAUCUACUUCCAAAGAAAAUAAAAUUUCUAGACCAGCAAGAUGCAGAUUUCCUAAACCAAAACCAAAUCUUAACAGAGCACUGGGGCCAAACCAUAAUACUUCUCAGAAAUAUCUUGGUCUGAUUUCAGAUAUGGAGCAAUUCAAUCAAAUCCGGAAUGAAGUGUCAAAAAAUACUACAGAAGAGCAGACAGUAGAACUGGAAGAAGGGGCUCAGAUCAGCUUUGCAGAGAGGCAUGACUUACAGCCUGAAAGCCUUGCUGUGCAGAGAACUAACAACAAAAGCGAAAACCUGGUAAAAGAGACUUGGAAAGUCACAUCAGAGUUAACUGCUUCCAAACUUUCUCCAGAAGCUGAAAUUUCCCACGAUAAACCCCCAUAUGAUUCCAAUACAAGCAUUAGUCUCCAGGUUUCUAGAUCUGUUGAACAUCACUUGUCUCCAGCUAAAGUAGCAGAGGUUGGAAGAAGCUCAUAUUCCGGUGUUUCAACAAUUACCAAUAUGACUGCAGAAAGUGAUAGCAUCGGAGAACAUACACCCGCAGAAGAGGAACCAACAUUCAUUUUAACGUUAGUGGAAAUCCCAAAUGAUUCAGAACAUUGCAGUGGGAUACCUCCUUCUCUUCCACAAGCUUCUGAAGAAUUGCUUCCUGCCCCAGUAUUUUUUACUCCAAGUGGUCCAGACACCCAAGCUCCAGAAAGAGAGGAUACUCUUGGAACCAUAACAGCUAAUGCUGAAGAAAAUGCUGUCAUUAUUGAAAACAGUACAGAGAAACCAAGGUUGCAAACAGCUUCAACAGAACGAUUAGCAGACUUGAAUUCAAGCUCUUGGAAGAAUUGGAAAAGGUGUGCUAUUGCCCUUGAAGGAAGUGACAGUCGUUCUGGGAAGAAAAGGUCUCCUUCAUCUUCAGUGCAAGACAUUGAAAUGUCUAAUAAGGCCUCUUCUCAUAAAUUAAGGUCUAUAUCAAAGAAACCUGCUGAAAAAACCUCAGAAAAAUGGAAUCUUUCAAAGAAGACAAUCUCAUCUACCUCUAGAUUAGUACCUGCGUUACAUGUGGGUAAAAAAGAGCAAUCUCAGUCUCCCUUGACUGUAUGGGCUUCACUGUUUGAUGAAGCAGCUGGUACAGAUAAGCAAGUGUCCAGAACAUGUCAAGCAGGAAAAGCAGAAAAAAACGAAAAACAAAGGAACUCUGUUGAUUCUUGUAAAUCUUUACAAUCAGAACAAGUUGGAAGCACAGCAAUUCCUCCAAAAACACCUUUAUCCAGGUCAUAUCAAAGAUCUCUGGGAUUUUUACCUUUAAUCUGUAAAAAUAAUAAUGCUGAUGAAGAGGAAAUCAGUAAAGUGAAAAAAGAGCCUUUCCAGAAAACUCAAGAAGUGAUCUCUGAAAGAGCUGCGGAAUGUCCUGUUUCACCAAAAGAUCAAAAGGAAGAAAUUCAGGAAAAUAGUACUCUUCCGCCAACUGUCCCGUUGUCUUCCAAAUUUGAGGGCAGAUGCAGUUCUACUGUUCAGGUGCUUUCUGAGUUAUCUGACAGUAAAAGUUCUUCUCCGGAGCAGGAAAAAGAGGAAGAACCAACCAGAAUUUCAGAAUAUUUCUUCAAUGAUAUAUUCAUGGAAGUGGAUGAUUCAGAGUAAUAUAGAAACCUCUCAAAUAUCAGAUGGCCAAGAAUGCACUGUAGCAGUAAUGUAGUAGUUUUGCUCUGUCACACUUUCUCAAAUAGCCCUUACAUUUGAGGCAAUAUAAACAGCCUGGCAGGAUGGAGUAAUAUUUCUCUUAUUCUGAACAGUCUGUCAAUUUUAGAAGCACUGAAAAGAAAACACAUGUAAAUUUAAAAACACACAUGAUCAGAACAUCAACUGAUCUGUGUUUGUAUUUGAUACAAGUAGUUUCUAAUGCAUGGCUGCUGCUUUAGAAAUGCAGUGGAAAUGAUCUGCUUGCCAAUACACCCCCUAAAUAGGGUAUUUAUGUUUGUGGGACUGGGUGUAAAUUAUUUUUACUUCUUUUUGUGAAGUAAACAUUUAUUGGGUGUGUGUAUGGGAGGGGGGAAUAAUUCUGCUCUGUAAAUAAGUAUAUUCUGAACAUUUCAGUGUAUGUAAUAAGUACAUACAAAAUAUUUUGAGUUGUCUUAUUUUUAUGUAUUUUUAUAAAAAUGUAUGUGUCUUGGUUCUAAAAAGCAAUGUUUAAUUCUUCCAAAAUGUACAGAGAUGUGAAAAAUAUUUAUUUAAGCUGAACGUAUAAAUAAGAUAACUGCCCAAAACUAAUUCUGUUGUCUUGGACAUAAAGAAGAAUUAAAAAUCACUCAUGUUCUAUGCACUAAAUCCUAAAUGAGAGGCAGUAUUAGAAAGUCUUUUUAAAAAACUACCCAUAUAACACUUUUAAGAAGGAUGCAUUGAAGUUAAAAUCAGGAAUCAGAGUAAAGGAUAAUACAAUUAUACUGAAUAGUUUCCAUCCCUUUUUAUCUGGUUAGAUUUAUUUGUCAUUGUUAGAAACAUGAACUCGCUUGGUUCAGUCUAAAAUACUCUGUAAAAGAACUGUGUAUUGUGUAUUCUUCUUAGUGACUGCAUUUUAAAUUCUGGUAACCUAUUUUACAAUUAGCAAUUGAAGGUAUUUUUCCAUAAGUAUCAACAUAUCCAUUUUAGUGGCAGUUCUUACCCGCAGUAGUUCAAUAUUGCAUACUAUUUUGAAUAUAUAAUAAGUAAAUACAGACUCUUCAUUUCCCACAAAGACAAUAGGUAGAAUCCAGAUUUAGUAAUACUUAAGAGCAGACCCACUUAAAUGAAUGGUACUUAAGUUAGCAAUGACUAAAUGUCUCCUUAAUUUCAGUGGAUCUACUCUUAGCAUGACUAAGUCUAGAUCCAACCUAAUGUAUCUUCUUAAUUAGCAAAUCAGUAUCUUAAUUAUCAACCUGACAAACCUUGACUGGCUUGAUCGUUUGAUGUGUGUGUUAAUUGUAGAGCUCUAAAAAAGACAAAACUAUAUAUGUUAAUGUGAAUAAUUUAAUAAAUGUAAAUUUAGAUAAGUAAACUGAGAAGUAUUCACAAUUUUUAAGUGAAUUACUAAAGUGGAAUGCAUCCCAACAUGGAAAGUCUGUUCUUAUUAUUGCUUGGAAGAGGUAUACUCAAAAGAGACUACUGAAAUAAUGAAAAACUUAUUAGUGCAACUUGCUGGAGUGGUUCAUAUUGUGAUGUAAAACAGGAACAAACUUACAAAUGUGCCUUAUCUUUCCUUGCUAAAUGAAAAAGACGCCAGGUGCUCUUAGUGUUCACUGUAAACCAUGUUCUCUUGGAAUGUCUUUAAAACACACAUUUCUUUCUGUCACUAAUAUUGCAUACUUCAAUCAAAGAAACCAACAGACCAUCCCAGUUUAUGGAACAGACCAUUACAGUUUGAUUAAAAUGCAACAAGGAACUGCUUUCCAUAAAUGUUUGACAUGUUUUUCAAAGGCAUGUACUGUUAUGUGUAAGCUUUCUGUUUCAAAGAAAGCAGUUGUGAUAUAUGUGUAAAUUAUGUGAAUAAACCAUUUUGUAUCA